GUUAAAAGUGACAUUUACAAUCACAUGCCAUCAUAUGAUUAGGAAGUCGUACAUUUAAUUUAUAAUUUUGUUACAAGUGUGUGCAGAAUUGAUUUUUGUAUAAAAUAAUUGUAAAAAUGCCUGUUUGUGGUCCUAAAUUAUCACUUUGUGGAAUCCUUUUGAGUAUUUGGGGAAUCGUUCAAUUGGGUAUUAUGGGCGUACUCUAUCACUUCCACGCGGUUGCUUUUGCUGAAGACUUACCCGGUGAUCAUGAAGCUGAAGUAACAAAUCUAGAAGAGUUUUAUUCUGAAGUAGAAAAAGGUUAUACACAGAAUGCUCAGAACUGUUGGAUAGCCGCCUGUUUGUAUUUGGUUACAUUAGCUUUUUCUGCACAUCAGUUUUGGGCCAAUAAUCGUUCUUCUCUUCGAGUAUGAAUUCCUUUUGUCACAAAAAGUAUUUUUAUUUUCAGAAUAAUUGUAGAGAGACCAUUUAAUAGGACUAAAUUUACAGGCCACUAUUUUAGAAUUAAGUUUCUUAAUUAUUGCAUUCCUGUUUUGUUAAGUAGUAGAUAUACAAAAUAGUUAUAUUAAAUACAUUGUACAUAUGCACAUCAACUAAUUAUUUGUUGUAUGAUAAUUUAAGUGUUACUGCAAAAAUAUAUAUUAUUAAAUGUA